UGACCACGUCCUGUCUAUCCGCGACGCUCUUCUUCUCUCUCACGACACGGCCUGCUUGUCCCUUUGCCAAUAUCAUAGACGGCCAUGUCGACUCCUUCCAGCACUAUGCCAGAGGCCGGUGGUAUGCAGCAGGCAUCCACUCCUGCCGCUGCUGCCGCGGAGGAUGGCGUCAUGGAUGAAAUACCGCGCCGACAGAUGCGAGUCAAGGUCCUGUACACAUUCGACGAUCAGAACAAGUCAAAUUGUCUCGCCCGGUUGCCGAACGUCCUAAACGUGCCUGUCGUUUCAUUAGACGAAACUACCGAAGUGGGUGUCAUUGAGCUCAAGACAUGUAUUCAGGCAAUUGUUGCUGCAAGUCCUGAGCUCGUUGCCAAAUUGGGCCAUGAUUACACCGUGUACGCUUAUGACUUUUCCGAAUACGAGACGCCGCUUGUCGGACAGGGUAUGCUAUCAUGGAUUCUCGCUUCUGCAUCGUCGACGCCCAAUGCCCCCGCAAAAGAUUCCCAAACAAUGGUUACUGGUCGCGUGUGCAAGAACAUCCUUGGCAUUUUCUCAAAUGGUAUCAAAGAGACUCUGGAAGUCAAGUUGAAGCUUGUACCUGUUCCGACGUGCAUGCAAAAAGAAUAUGUGGAGAACAUGGAGCGGUAUCAUAGCCUCAGUCAGCUGAUGCCUGAGGGGUUUGAUUAUAACGCCUGGUCCGACUUUUUGAAAGAGAAUCCUACAAUUGGUCAACUGGCUCAACCACCCCCAAACCGCUCUUCACACCCUUCGCCGCGCCAUUCUAUUGGUGGAGUUGAGCCUUUCCAUCAGAUGCUUACCCGCCAGAGUCCAUCUCAGGAACCACUCCGGAAUGACGCUUUCUAUGACCAGCCGAGUACCCCUUACAUGUCCCAACCGACUCGACCCUCCAGCCCUGCCAUGAGCACCAUCUCGUUUCAUCACUAUCAGUACAACCCUCCUUCACGUCCAACAUCACGAGCCUCGGUGCGCAGUGAAGCAGCCCCGCCGCCUCAGAAUUACCAGUUCAGUGACCCGUAUAUUGUGGAGCCUCAAGAGGAGGGUCCGCCAAAGAAAAGGGCGCGAAUCACACAGACCACGAGACCUAGGCACACGCCUUUGACUGCCCCCAAUGACUCACUUAGAGUGACUGCCAGCACAGCAGCGUCAGUACGUCUCCUCAAGCCGACCCUUGGCGGUUCAGGGGCUGCCGCCGACAUGGUUCCACGUGCACCAACACCCCGCCCAGGCGAGAAACUAGGCCACCGAGGAUCACGCCGUCUCCCAGCACCGAGUGCUUUAAGACAUGCUUCCAUGGAUGGAGGACGACCGUACAUGUCUCCUUAUGAACCCAGUACUUUUUCGGAUACUGCUAUGGAGUCAGCGGAUGAAAGAGAAGGAAGCCCAAGCGAGACCCCAAAAGAGAUGCCCUCGUCACCCCCAAUUGCAUCAAGGCGUACUACAUCGCCUGCUCCUUCUAGUCCAAACCUGCCAAUGCUACCUCUCAAUGACUCGGGUUUCGUCAGCGACAUUCCAAUGGGCCGAGAUGCUGAUGGUUUGAAUUGUGGGGAUGUUUCAUGGCAAGGUCACGAGGCAGCAGGGCGUCGAGACUCCACCGCACAACCAAUCACUGAAAGUAUCGAGAUGGACACGGGUGGCGCUCGAGCUUUCGAUUUUGACACAAUGGACCAGGAUCUACUCAAUUCGAUGUAUUUCCAAAGACAAGCCACAAACGACGAAACGGAUCUCUUCUCAAAAAUGGCCACAGCGCAACAGGGCAGCAAUUCGGUUAAUGGACGGCCAACUACUGGUGACACAUUACCAUCUGGGUCUGAGUGCAAGUCUCAGACUCGAGACAAGUCGCGUGCGACAGUUUCUACUGCUGGUUCACCGGAGGGUGUUGCCUCGCAAGUCUCCCCUGCCGCAGAAAGCGAAGCACAAGUUUACAGUCGCUCCGCUACCCCGAACCUGCCUGUGAAGCAGCCUAAGCAAUCCAAACCGAGAGGUCUUCCAAGGUCACAAACCUGGUCUGGGGCUGGUGAACCUAUGUCUGACGCGCCGACACCCUCGGAAUGUGGCUACACUCGAAGCGGAUCUGGUGCGAAGAGGAAGCGCUACAUCAAGGACCGAUUAGAUGCUGCUAUCAGAAAAGGUGAAAUGCCACCGCAUUGCGUGAACUGCGGAGAAAUUGACACGCCAACCUGGAGAAAAGCCUAUACACGUGUAGAGAGUGGUUCGCCCAGCGGCAUCGAGCUGUCCACUGACUCGGGCGGGACUGACAUCAUUGCAUACGAAGUAAUCGAACCGACCCCUGACACAGACGGCUUGCCAAAAUAUCGCAUCUUCAAAAACAACUUGAGCCGCCACGACAAGGACCUGGUGGCAGCCAAGUCGUGUGAUGCUUUCCAGGAACUGAACCUAUGUAACCCAUGCGGACUCUGGCUCAUCAAGAAGUUUUCUAUGCGGCCGCAGAAAGUAUGGGAUAGGUCUGCGCGACUAGCAAAGCGCAAAAGGGAACAGAAGACUGGAACACGCUCUAAGUCUUUAGUUGGUGAUGAGCUCAUGUCUGACGCUGCUAUGCCAGAGUCGGAACCUGUCAUGCCUACCGAGCAAGAUCAGGGCGGCAUAUCUGUUGACGACACACAAGAUAGAGAGAUGGCACCCCCAAAAGUCCCAUCUGGCACACAUGAAUUGAAUGCUGGCGAUGCUCAGGCUGCUUUCAGACGAGCUAUUCAGUCCAGUCCUGUUGGCGUCAGAGGGAACAAGGCUUCGCCCAUCAACCUCGAUCAAGACCUUACGCCAAAGCCUACGAGGCGGAUACUUUUCCCUUCACCUCGGAAGCAGGGUCAGCGGAAGACUCUUGCUCAACAGGCAACGACUGCUAUCGCCCCUCCCGUGCAUAUGCACGACGAUGAUGCACCCAAGAAGCCCCGGUGCCAAAGAUGUAAAGAACUCAAGAGAGCUUGCGACCGAGAACGGCCAUGUGGUCGAUGCGAGAAUGCUGGGAUAGGCUUUGACGGCUGUAUUCCGUGCGAGACAAAGAAGACGAACUGGUUCGAGCAGCCCGUAGUGCAGCCACCUAUGAUUGAACAAGACAAUCCUGAUAAGGAGAACUGCCCACCACCACACAUGGCAGAAACUGACGAGCUUGCCCACCUGUUUGAGGACUUCCGCUCUCCCAAGCCGAUGCCGAAACAAGAUCAGAUAGCUGAAGAUCUUUUGAAGACGCCCACUCCCGGCACCCGACAGCGCGUCGCUCUGACACCAAAGAAAAAUGACGAAGGUGGAGAGGUUCCUUUAACGCCCUCGCGCAGCAUGUUUACUCCUCGGGGCACUCGUGCGGCGAGUGCUGCUCCCGACACGCCGUUUACACGCCAGCUCAACGCCCUUUUGUCCGAUCACCCCAUUUCAUCGCCCUCUCAGAACUUUGACUUUUCUACAUUUCCCACCUUCACUACUCCAGGCCGUAACGGCAUACAAUUCAGUGAACUCUUACCCAACGACUUUUUGUCGAGCGACAUGCCUUUGAGUAGUUCACCAUCAAAGACUGGUUCCUUGGGCCUAGGUUUCGAUCUUUACGAGGACCCCAAUACGUCGACUGUAGGGAUGUGGAGUGGAGAUAAUAUCUUCGACAAUGAAGCCAUGGUUUUGGCCAUGGAAAAUGGUUCGAAGGGCACAAGUAUCGACGCCAAUCAUGGUCCCGAUGCAGUUACACUGCUGAAGAUGAAUGUGGGUGGUAUGACUGUCGACUUUGCAGCCAUGAUCGAGGAAGUAGUUAGCGCUGCCAACAAGGACAGCGAUGGGAAUGAGAAUGGAAGCGGGCCGAUGGAACAGGACAUAAAGCCUACACACACAAGUCCCGAAACCAAAAGUGAGGGCCUUGCCAAAACUCCCGAGGAGCCUUCUUUGGUAUAA